AUGAAUCCAUUGAAAUGUGCCUUCGGAGUUACUUCUGGCAAGUUCCUUGGCUUUAUUCUGAGACAUCGAGGAAUUGAAAUUGAUCAAGCCAAAGUCGAUGCAAUAUCAAAGAUGCCUGAACCUCGAGAUAUUCAUGAGUUAAAAAGUCUCCAAGUAAAGUUAGCCUACUUGAGAUGGUUCAUCUCAAAUCUAGUGGGGAGAUGUCAACCAUUCAGUCAUCUCAUGAAGAAGGGUGCUCCUUUUAAUUGGGACCAAACAUGUAGCGAAGCCUUUAAAAGUAUCAAAUCGUAUCUAGUGAAACCUCCGAUUUUGGCAGCCCCUAUACCUGGAAAACCAUUGAUACUCUACAUUGCAGCACAAGAAAGAGCAAAUCCCAUCAAGUUUGUUAUGUCAAAACCUGUCCUUAGUGACCGACUAGCAAGAUGGUACCUCCAAUUCCAACAAUUUGAGAUUGUGUACAUCCCUCAAAAAUCCGUGAAGGGACAAGCACUAGCGGAUUUCUUAGCAGACCAUCCUAUACCAAAUGAUUGGGAGUUAACUGAUGAGUUUCCUGAUGAAGAUGCGAUGUUAAUUGAAGUUCAACCUCCUUGGAAAAUGUACUUUGACGGGGUUGCACAUCGCGGCGGAGCUGGUGCUGGCGUGGUGUUCAUCACUUCACAAGAAGAUAUUCUACCAUUCUCUUUUACUCUAAAACAAUGUUGCUCCAAUAAUGUAGCUGAAUAUCAAGCACUGAUACUUGGACUUGAAAUGGCCGUUGACAUGAAACAAUUACAUUUACAGGUCUUUGGUGACUCUCAAUUGGUGAUUAAUCAACUCUUAGGAAGUUAUGAGGUAAAAAAGCCUGAAUUGCGACCUUAUCAUGAUUAUGCUCAAAAGUUGAUAAGAUGGCUUGGGGAUGUAACCCUUCAACAUGUGCGUCGAACAGAGAAUAAGAAAGUUGGUGCAGUGGCUACUCUAGCUUCAACGCUAACCCUUCCUGAUCAAACGCAAGUAAUUGUCUGUCAAAAAUGGAUAGUACCGCCGUCAAAUGAGAAAAAAUAUAUUGAAAAUAAGCUUGAUCAUAUCGUCGCCGUUGUUGAAGCUGCGAAGGAAGAUUGGAGACAACCCAUCAUUGACUACCUAUGUUAUGGGAUACUUCCAGAAACUCCAAGAAGAAGGACUGACGUACGUCGUCGUGCACCUCGUUUCCUUUACUACAAGGAUACAUUAUAUAGAAGAUCAUUUAAGGGUAUGUUAUUACGAUGUUUGGGAGAGGAAGAAGCGAUUCAAGCUCUGCAAGAAGCACACUCAGGAGUAUGUGGAUCACAUCAAUCUGGACCAAAACUUCAUUUUCACAUAAAGAGGAUGGGGUAUUACUGGCCAACCAUGGUGAAAGAUUGUUUAUAUUAUGCCAGGAAAUGCAAUGCUUGUCAAUAUCAUGCGAAUUUCAUUUAUCAGCCACCCAAAGUAUUGCACCCGACCAUCGCAUCUUGGCCAUUUGACGCUUGGGGACUGGAUAUUGUAGGACCAUUACCAAAGUCUUCUGGUGGACACUUGUCCAUCUUGGCCGCAACUGAUUACUUUUCAAAAUGGGCUGAAGUUGUCGCUUUUAAAGAGGUGAAGAAAGAGAAUGUUGCAAAUUUUAUCCGAGUAAAUAUUAUCUAUCGCUUUGGCGUCCCUCGCUAUAUAAUAACAGACAAUGGAAAACCAUUUGAUAACAAGUUAAUGAACAAGAUUUGUGAUCUUUUUGACUUUAAGCACCGUAAAUCUUCUAUGUACCAUGCUGCCGCUAAUGGUCUUGCUGAAGCAUUCAAUAAAACUCUAUGCAACCUGCUCAAGAAAGUUGUCUCCAAAUCCAAACGGGAUUGGCAUGAAAUAAUGGAAGAAGCUUUGUGGGCAUAUAGGACAACAUAUCGCACACCAACUCAAGCAACACCAUAUUCACUUGCUUUUGGAGUUGAAGCAGUCCUGCCACUCGAGCGUCAAAUACCCUCCUUAAGACUUGCUAUUCAAGAAGGGCUCACUGAGGAAGAAAAUGCUCGAUUGCGUCUUGCUGAGUUAGAAGCACUUGAUGAAAAGAGGUUAGAAGCCCAACAAAACCUUGAAUGUUAUCAAGCUCGUCUAUCUCGUGCUUUUAAUAAGAAGGUUCGCUUGAGGUGCUUUCAAGUUGGAGUUCAAGUUCUCGCGGUAAGAAGACCAAUCAUUACUUCGCACAAGUCUGGGGGAAAAUUUAGCUCAAAGUGGGGGAAAAUUUAG